AUGGAAAAUGAUUUUAUCAGAUAUGAAUGUGAUCCAACUAAAUUUGAAAUGAUCCUGAGUAAAACUAUUGGAAACGGCAGUUAUGAACAAGCAACGAUCAAAGAAGAACCAAUAAUGGAACAAGAAUUAUCGGAAAAUAAACCAAAUAUCAUCUAUAAAAAACGCUCACGUAUUCAAUAUACACAACAGCAAUUACACAUUCUUGAAUCCACAUUUCAACUUCAUCAUUAUCCAACCGUAGAUAUUGUCGACAAUUUAGCUGAUGGACUCAAAUUACCAACACAAAAAAUAUCUGUAUGGUUUCAAAAUCGUCGAUCAAGAAUGAAAAAAGAGUCAAAACAACCAAAAAAAAUUUCUAAUAACCAACAUCAACAAUUAAAACCAACUAAUCAUACUCCACCACCUCUUUCUCCUACGUGUUUUUCACCAUCACCACCUCCUCUUUCACCCAUGAUCGAAGAAAUGUAUCAGAAUACAUGGAAUAAAUAUAGAUAUUCAUCUGACUAUUCCCAGCCACUGUAUACUUAUAGUGCCAUGACUGCACCACCACCUGCUCACUACAAUAAUCAUUCAUUAUCUGUGAAUCAUCCUCAUCAAUCAUCUUACCCAUUUUAUAAUUCAACUAAUUUUCAAUAUGGACAUUAA